AUGUCAGAGCAACAAGGAAGUGAUAAUCGCCACCACCAUCACCAUCAUCACCAUAACAAUCAUCAUGGUGACCAUAGUGGACAACACGAUGGCCACAACAAUAAGGUACAUCAACCCCAACCAAUAGAUCCAAAGGCUAACCCAGCAAACAGAAUAGGGAAAUAUCAAGUCCUUAAGACGUUAGGAGAAGGGUCAUUUGGUAAAGUUAAAUUAGCGCAACACACAACCACAGGACAGAAGGUUGCAUUGAAGAUCAUUAAUCGUAAAACGUUAGCUAAAUCCGAUAUGCAAGGUAGAGUUGAACGAGAAAUUUCAUAUUUGAGAUUGUUAAGACAUCCACAUAUAAUCAAGUUAUACGAUGUGAUUAAGUCGAAGGAUGAGAUUAUUAUGGUUAUUGAGUAUGCGGGUAAGGAAUUGUUCGACUAUAUUGUGCAGAGGGGUAAGAUGCCAGAAGAUGAGGCCAGAAGGUUCUUCCAACAGAUUAUAGCUGCAGUGGAAUACUGUCACAGACACAAAAUUGUUCAUAGAGAUUUAAAGCCGGAAAACUUAUUAUUGGAUGAACAAUUGAACGUCAAGAUUGCCGAUUUUGGGUUGUCUAACAUUAUGACAGAUGGUAACUUCUUGAAAACGAGUUGUGGGUCGCCCAAUUACGCCGCUCCCGAAGUUAUAAGUGGUAAAUUAUACGCUGGUCCAGAAGUUGAUGUUUGGUCGUCGGGGGUUAUUUUAUACGUCAUGUUGUGUGGGAGGUUACCGUUCGAUGACGAGUUCAUUCCUGCGUUGUUCAAAAAGAUUAGCAAUGGUGUUUACACAUUGCCUAAUUACCUAUCCCAAGGAGCUAAAGAUAUAUUAACGAGGAUGUUGGUCGUCAACCCAUUAAACAGAAUUACUAUACACGAGAUUAUUGAAGAUGAAUGGUUCAAACAAAACAUCGAGGAAUACUUAUUACCUCCAGAUUUAUCGAAGACAAAGCACAAGAAAAUCGAGGUCGACGAGGACGUUAUUACUGCUUUGCAGUCGACUAUGGGUUAUGACAGAGAUGAAAUUGUUAAUGUUAUCAAUAAAUGUAACCAACAUAACGCACCACAACAACAAUCAAACGAAAUAAUUGAUGCUUACUUGUUAAUGAGAGAAAAUCGUACAUUGGUGAAGGACUUGAAGAAUUCCAAACUGAAUAAUAUGGACACUUUCUUAUCUCAAUCGCCGCCGCCUUCGUGGACCAACAAUGCCAAUAAUAACAGCAACAUGAAUAUAAACGUCAACCACUCCACCAAGGCGCCUGGUGUGCAACAAUCAUUAACAUAUCAAACGUUAGCUGCAGUGCCAGAUUUAUCUACGUUACCUAACUCUACCAUUGCCAUUUUACCUUCUUCGUUGCCGUCAAUCCACAGAGCGUACAUGAUGGAAUCCAACAUGGACACCCAGCUGAAAAUAGCGCCCGUGUCACACAAAAAGCUGAAAACAAGGUGGCAUUUCGGUAUAAGAUCUAGAUCUUAUCCGUUGGAUGUUAUGGGUGAAAUCUACAGAGCCUUGAAGAACUUGGGUGCAGAGUGGUCUAAACCAACCGAGGAAGAGUUAUGGACCAUCAGAGUCAGAUGGAAGUACGGCCCAUGUAUCUUACCCAAUGAGAAAAGCCAAGAAGAGCAACAGAAGGACAUUCCCGACAUGAUGAAAAUGCAAAUCCAAUUAUUCCAAUUGGAGCCAAACAAUUAUUUGGUGGACUUCAAGUUCGAUGGGUGGGAGAACUCUUCUAAUAAGGACGUAUCUAUAAAACAAGACGUGGAUGAAAUGUCUUCGUUCUCGGCUUAUCCGUUCUUGCAUUUAGCUACUAGGCUAAUCAUGGAAUUAGCUGUUAAUAGUCAAACUAAUUAA